AUGUCUCAAGAAUGGCCGUUUCGGUUGCCAGAAAAGUUGACCAUCUUUAGUCAAAAUACUGCUGAUUGCCUGGACGAUGAACCUGAAGAUAUGUUAUCUGAUGAAGAUUUCUUUCAAUUGGAUGAUGUGAGAGAUGGAGAUAUCAGCGUAAAUGGAGAUAUAGAAGACUUGGAGGCUGAUGUUCCAUUGUGUGAUUGCUUCAAUUGUCAUGUCAUUCUAUCUCGAUGUGAAAUCGAUGAGCCAUCGAAACCAUGCGAUGAUCUCUUUGCAGAUCUUACAAAUCUCUGUGAAGAAGAUCAAAACGGAGAGUCAACCAACUGGAAAGAAUACUUUGAUCUACUCUUAGCAUCAUAUCCAUCAUGUUCUCAAGAAGAAGAAGACUUCAGUAUUGCCUUCUAUGAUGAAAAUGAUUUCGAUCCAGCAAUCUAUCUCAAUGCUAUUUGGUCAUAG